CAGUGAGCUCUCCUCUCGCCCUCUCCCGCCCUCCUUCCGCCCCUCCGUCGGUCUUCCGCAUUCAGCCCUCGCGCGCGACACCCAUACACAAUCGGCAUCCCUGCCUCCCUGCCGGCCAUGGGCACACCCAAAUCGGUUCUGCUCCGCCGCCAGCGAGCCGCCCUGCGGCCGCCCACCGGCAACGCGGAUGAAGCGCCAACCAUCUCUGGCCCGGCACCCCCUGCGACCUCAGCCGCUGUCCCGUGCGGUGCCCCGCUGGUUUCGACUCGGCACCUUCUGGCUGCUGUCCUGCUCCUGCGCUUGGCGCAGGCUCUUCUCCAACGAACAGCCUUCAGCCCGGACGAGUUCUGGCAGUCCCUCGAGCCGGCCUACUUCCUCGCCUUUGGAUCGGGCAAUUUGACCUGGGAGUGGACAGCCACGCGCCUACGUGGCUGGCUUCACCCGGGCCUCUUCGCCUGCGUGUACUUUCUACUUGGGAAACUCGGCCUCGAGGGCACGCGCCUUCUGAUCCUCGGCCCCCGGCUCCUGCAGGGUCUCAUCGCCUUUGCCACGGACAUGGCCACUUGGCGCCUUGGGAGUCGCCUUUUCUCCCGGGCCGCAGGACGUUGGGCGCUUCUCUUCUCGGUUGGACUCUGGUUCAAUGGCUAUGCCCUCACCCGGACCCUGGGGAACUCGCUGGAGACGUGUCUGCUCGCGUGGGCCCUGGCCCUGUGGCCUUGCGCCCAGACUCCGGCCCGUGGGACUCGCUAUGUGCCGGGCUUGGCGCUGGCUGCCCUGGCGGCGGCCGUCCGUCCCACGGCCCUGGUCUACUGCCUGCCGCUGGGGCUGGUGGAGCUGGCUAGUCUCGUGUCCACGGCACGAGGCGGUCUUUCGGCCAAACGACGCCUGGCCGUUGGCUGGGUACUGCUGUGUACCCUGGUCGGCAUGACGGUCUUCGCGCUGAACGCCCAGCUUGACCGGCGGCUGUAUGCCCUGGCGGCCGAGCACUUCCUCGGACCGGGCGAGGCAGCCGCCGGGCUGGCGCAGCUUUGGUCUUGGAGGCCGACGCUGCUGAACUUCCUGCGCUUCAACUUCACCCUCUCGCUGUCCUCCUUUUACGGGGUCCACGGGUGGCUGUGGUAUUGGACUGAGGGCAUAACCGUGGUGGUGGGCGUGUGGCUGGUGCCCCUUGCGGCCGGUGUCGCCGGUGCCCUGGCCCGCCCUCCGGGAGACCCGUUUGCCCGGCGCAUUGGCUGGCUCCUGACGCCGGCGAUUUUCUUUGUGGUCGUACAUUCGCUGCUUGCACAUAAGGAGCACCGCUUCAUUCUCCCCGUGGUGCCGGCCUGUCUGGCGGUGGCCGGAGCCGGCAUGGAACGCCUGGUCGACGGCCUGGCCCCGGGACCCGUGCUCGCCCACAGCGAGGCAACAUCCCCGGCGCCACGGUCGCGCUUCCUGGCCGGCGGCUUGGUGAUGGCCGGCCUCCUGGCCAACCUGCUGGCCUUCCUCUUUUUCGGCUUCAUUCACCAGGCCGCCCCGAUCGGAGCCAGUCUCUUCCUCCGACGCAUGGCUCCUGGCAGUGAGGGCAUCCUCAUGCUGACUCCCUGCCAUCUGACACCGCUGGCAUCGUACCUGGGCGACAUGCGCGGCACGCCCGUGCGCUUCACCACCUGCGAGCCGCCCCUGCCGGAGGAAGCCCUGUCACCGGACUUCGUGGCCUCCCUCCGCCGCCGGGCGGCCAUGGAUGUCCCCGGCUCGCGGGCGCCCCUGCGCGGCUCCACCUCCCCAUAUGCCGAUGCCCCGGGGAACAUCUUCGUCACCGUGGCCGCAGGGGCCGGGUACCGUCCCGAGACGGAUCUCCUCUUCUCGGCCGGCAGUUCGGCCGAGACCCUGCAGACGGCCACCUCCCUGAUGGAGGCCGAAGUUUUCGCCGGUCGCAAGCCCUCCUUCGUUGUCCUGUACGAGGGGCUCCUCCGGCGCCUGGGCCAGCUGGACCCGGCCCUACUCGAGGGCUAUGAGUUGUGUGCUGAAUUCUCCGACGGCCCGGUCCGGGUGGAUUCGCGCUACGAAGGUCAGCUUCUGAUUCUCUGUCGUGAUGUGGCGGAAUGACAUUCCCUGUUCCGGGGGCCCCGACUUACGAGGGCUCCUUGCCUGCGCCCGGCGAACAUGCAUUCCUUGGUUGGGCUUGUCGCGCCGCGCCUUGCCCCUCUCCCUGGCGGGAGUGCCUGGCUGUGCGUUCGUUCCGGAUGGAGAUGUGUCGGAGCCCAUCCCUCGCCUCGGGUUCGUUUGCUCCAUGCUCUCCGGCCGAGCGGGCGCAAAAGUCCCCCCGACGGACAGAUGAUCUUUUCCCCGCAAAAGAGCUCCCAUUAUAAUAUAUCAUAUAUCCCACAGACGGGGAAAGCCCCAGGUGGCGCGGACCAUCUCAC